AUGGUCCAGCAACUGAGUCUAUUUGGAUCUAUUAAUGAUGAUGGCUAUGAUUUAUUAAUAUCAACGCUAACAACAAUAUCAGGUAAUCCACCACUUUUAUAUAACAGUUUAUGCACUAUUUGGAAACCAAAUCCGUCUUACGACGUCGAAAAUGUAAAUUCCAGGAAUCAGUUGGUUGAACCGAACAGAAUAAAGCUUUCUAAAGAAUUGCCCUUUGCUUACUUGAUUGAUGAAACAAUGGCUGAUAAGCCAUUGAAUUUUAAAAUUUUAAAGUCCUUUACUAAUGAUGAAAUUUCGCUGGACUAUUCUAUGACAAAGAACAUUCUACACGACGAAGUUCCACAGACCAACAAUAACAACAGUACUACCGUGGGCAAAAAGGACGGUGAAAAUGUAAAAAGCGAUGUAAAAGAAGGCGAAAACAAGGAUGAUGAAGCAGAUGUAGACAUGGACGCAACUUCCACCGUUUCCAACAAGUCAUGUUCUUCUUGGUCAUUACAGAUUUCAGAUAUUCCAGCUGCAGGUAAUAACAGAAGUGUAUCGAUGCAGACAAUAGCUGAAACGAUUAUACUAUCUUCGGCUGGUGAAAACUCAUCAAUAACUUCACUCAUGAACGAAUUAGGGUAUGUAUUUGAGUUCCAGUAUCUCACAAUUGGUGUAAAAUUCUUUAUGAAGCAUGGUUUAAUAUUAGAAUUACAAAAGAUUUGGCAAAUAGAAGAAAAUGGGAAUUCACAGAUAACUAACGGAGGAUUCUUAAUAAAGGCUUAUAUUAACGUUAGUAGAGGUACUGAUAUUGACCGUAUAAACUAUACAGAGACUGUACUAAUGAGUCUAAAAAAAGAACUACAAGGAUACAUCGACUUAAGUGUACCAGAUAGACAAUCGAUGGACUCCAGGGUAGCACAUGGAAAUAAUGUAAUAUGA